CUCCUGCGGGAUGCACUUCCCAGAACUUUCUCAUCCUAGUCUCAGGGCGGGGCUCUUUCGUCACACGUCGCUGGGCAGAUUUGCCCCAGACAGGCUGGUGUCCCGGCACCAGCCUUACCCAGAGGACACAGGCGCCCCCUGGCGGGCGCGGAGAAGGGGCGGGGCUCUAGGCUGCGCGCCGCGCGCUGUCCCAGGUCAGAAACCAGAGCCCCAGGCAGCGAGGAGCCAGGCGCCAGGCCGGGAUGCUGCGGGCGGGAGCACCAACCCGGGACCUGCCCCGGGCCGGAGAAGUCCACACCGGGACAACCAUCAUGGCAGUGGAGUUUGACGGGGGCGUUGUGGUGGGUUCUGAUUCUCGGGUGUCUGCAGGAGAGGCAGUGGUGAACCGAGUGUUUGACAAGCUGGCCCCCCUGCACCAGCACAUCUACUGUGCACUCUCUGGCUCAGCUGCUGAUGCCCAGGCCGUGGCAGACAUGGCCUCCUACCAGCUGGAACUCCAUGGGAUGGAGCUGGAAGAAUCUCCUCUCGUUCUGGCUGCUGCGAAUGUGGUGAAGAACAUCACCUAUAAAUACCGGGAGGACCUGUCUGCUCAUCUCAUGGUAGCUGGCUGGGACCAACGUGAAGGGGGACAGGUUUAUGGAACCCUGGGAGGAAUGUUGAUUCGACAGCCCUUUGCCAUUGGUGGCUCUGGCAGCACCUAUAUCUACGGUUAUGUGGACGCAGCGUAUAAACCAGGCAUGUCCCCUGAGGAGUGCAGACGCUUCACUACAGAUGCUAUCGCUUUGGCCAUGGGCCGGGAUGGCUCCAGUGGGGGUGUCAUCUACCUGGUCACUAUCACAGCUGCUGGUGUGGACCAUCGAGUAAUCUUGGGCAAUGAGCUGCCGAAGUUCUAUGAUGAGUGAAUCUACUCAGACUUUUCUUCCUUAUUUUAUAAUAAACACUCUGAGACCAGAACCUGGAAUGGUCAACAGGAAAUGGGUAGUCAACCAGAUGAAGCUUGUUAGGAGGGAGCGUCUUCCCUCCCAGAUGCCAGCGUACUCUUUUUGCUCUUUUGUCCCCAAGUCUAAAGAUCCUAUCCAGAAGAAGGGGGUUGGGGAUGGGAUGGGGGACAGUACAAGAACUGGAAAGAGCCCUGUACAUGACCUGUACAUGACAGGUCAUCAGGUACUGAGUGAUUUUGAAAUAUUAGGAGCAAUAAAAACUCCUUCUGAUGCCUGAGGGUACAAGUGAAGAGUUGGAACUCAUUCUUUUAAGGGCUAAGACUGAUGAGUAGACAAGACAGCUACACAGAGGAGAAUCAGCUAAGAGCACCAGCAAAUUCACAUGCAUAAUUCCCUUCAUAACACAUUAAUUCACAUGAAAGACCAAUACAUGGUAAAUCUUGAAUAUUUGGGGGGCACUUGGGAAUUUCAAAAACUAGUAACAAUAACAAUAAAAGAGCUAUGUUUAUUAAGCCAGGCAUUAGCUAAGCACUUUAUAAACAUUAGCUCUUUGAAUCCAAACAAAAAACCCUGUAUAGGUACUAUUAUUACUAUUAUUUUCUUUAUUAGAGAAGUUGAAGUUUACAAAACAGUCAUGCAUAAAAUACAGGAUUCCCAUAUACCUCCCCACCACCUUGCAUUGGUGUGGAACAUUUGUUACAAUUGAUGAUAGUACAUUUUAAUAAUUGUCCUAUUUACUAAAGCCAAAGGUUUAAUUUAGAGUCUGCUGCUUGUAUAGUGUAGUUCCAUGGAUUUUUAAAAACUUUUUAUUCUGUUACAUAUAUGUAAUCUAACAUUUAUAUUUAUAUUCAGAUAUAUAUUUCAGAGCUGUUAACUGCAUUCACAAUGUUGUGCUACCAUCACCACCAUCCAUUUCCAUCAUCCCAAAUAAGAACCUGUACUUUUGAUUUAAAAAGGUCCUGUACUAUUGUUAUUUUUGUUUAAGGACAGAUGGAGGCUUAGAAAGAUUAAGUCACUUGACCAAGGCCACACAGCAAGUUCCGAAGCUGGGAGCUGGGAUUUAAUUGUAUCAUAUGUCCUUCCCCUACCACUACAUAAACUUUACAUUCCCUCAAGCUCUGGUUUUAUCAUCUUCUCCUUGAACUCUGCACUGGUUAGCCCAGUCCACUCCAGUCUCAGUCUUCUCUGACCUGAAGAAAACCAGUUCUGCACUUAAACGAGUGCUCCACACCCAGGCCCAUGACACGCCCUGCCCCAUAUCACUCUUGACUCUCAUGUGCGUGUGUCUUGUCUCCUGACAAGAUUGUGGGCCUCAGAGGCUCCCAUAAUGCCCCGCACAUUCCCAGGCAUUUAGGACGGUGCUACCAGAUGCCUGAGUAUCUAACUGUAUUAAAGCCGAGUUCUUGUCCUUUGUCUUGCAUUUGGUGAAGAAUAAGAUGAAUUAUUCCCCUUCUGUGGCUCAUCCUUUGCUCUUCUGUUAAAUGAAGGGGUUGGGUGAUUUCUAAUGUGGUUCACAGCUCUGAUACUCAAUGCCGUUUUGCUUAUAAAUGAACAGUCAGAGGUGUAUUGAGCAGAAAUACCUAGCAGGCCACCCAGGAGUCUUCUUUGUGCUUUCCUUUCCAGGUCUCCAGCUGAACAUACAAAUCCGAAGUACUUUAAAACAAUCAUAUGCCCUUGGUUUGUGUGCUUGGUAUGGACAAAAUUCUAAAGUUAUUAAAGCUUCAAGUUGUUUCUA